AACUCUACAGACAGCAUUUCCUUCAGAAGUACAUCGUCUAGCAACGACAAUCUGACGUAUUUAUUUUAAGCCUGAUUUUAUUUCGCUGUGAAGGAUUACAAAGAAAGAAAUCACAUUAGGAGUUACAACGGAAAAAGAGAGAUUAUCUCUCAGCAUGAUGGAGAUUGAAUUGCCUAAAAUGCAUCCAAGCCAACAGGAUAUGGAUCUGAUAGAUAUACUGUGGAGGCAGGACGUGGAUCUGGGAGCAGGGAGGGAGGUGUUUGAUUUCAGCUACAGACAGAAGGAGGUGGAGUUACGUCUGCAGCGUGAGAAGGAAGAGGAGAAGCGGCAGCAGCGGCAGCAGGAGCAGGAGAAAGCGCUGCUCGCUCAACUCCAGCUGGAUGAGGAGACCGGGGAGUUUGUGCCGCGGAGCGCCCCGCUGACGCAGGACAGCGUGACCAGUGCCCAAAUCACACAGAAUGGAGCUUUUGCAGAACAUGAUGGUGAUGCCAUGUCAUUUGAUGAGUGCAUGCAGCUCCUGGCGGAGACUUUUCCACUAGAUGAGCCAGCUGAGUCGGCGCCGCCUUGCUUGGAUGCCUCCGUUCCUCCUUCCACAGAUCUUAUGAUGCCCCCGGACAUCCCAGCGUUUACCCAGAAUCCUUUGCUGCCAGGCUCUCUGGAUCAGGCCUGGAUGGAGUUGCUUUCACUCCCAGAGUUGCAGCAGUGCCUCAACAUGCAGAUGCAGGAGUCGUUGGAUAUGGAUGGACUUAUGAAACCCUCCGCAGAAACACAGGACCCAAACUACAGCCAAUACCUGCCAGGGAUGGACCAUCUCUCGUUGGUGCAGACAGAGGUUUGUCCUCCUGAAUACAUCAACACAUACAAUGGAUCCUUCAACACUAUGGCGUCACCCAACCUCAGCCAGAUGAGUCUGAAUGUCCCGGAUGUGGGAGCCGAGUUUAGACCUGAAGAAUUCAAUGAGCUGUUUUAUCCUGAGAUGGAGGUUAAAGUGAACAGCGAUCCUCUCGCAUCCGAUGGAGGAAAUAUGGUCAGCCAGUUGGCGGAGAUCUCCAGCGAUCCUCCUGUGAACCCCAUGGAUCUGCAUAGCUUCUCUCCUGGAAGCUUCAGCUCAGGAAAACCAGAGCCUAUGGCUGAAUUCCCAGAUUCUGAUUCCGGCUUGUCGCUGGAUUCCAGUCCUCACAUGAGCUCUCCGGGGAAGUCCUUGAACGGAGAUGGAUCCUUCGGUUUUAGCGACUCCGACUCUGAAGAGAUGGACAAUAGUCCGGAAGGCAUGGAGUCAGAUUAUACCGAGAUAUUCCCGCUGGUUUAUCUUAAUGACGGAGCGCAGGGAUCUCUCUCGGAGAAACCUCUGGCAGACCAACAGGAGAUGAAAGCGAAGAACCCAAAGAUAGAGCCGGCAGAGGCCAGCGGCCACUCCAAACCUCCCUUUACCAAAGACAAGCAGAAGAAACGCUCUGAGGCGCGGCUCUCCCGUGACGAACAGAGAGCAAAAUCCUUGCAGAUCCCAUUUACUGUGGACAAGAUCAUCAAUCUGCCUGUGGAUGACUUCAAUGAGAUGAUGUCCAAACACCAGCUCAAUGAGGCCCAACUCGCCCUCGUCAGAGACAUCCGCCGUCGGGGCAAGAACAAGGUUGCGGCACAGAACUGCCGCAAGAGGAAGAUGGAGAACAUUGUCGGCCUGGAGUACGAGCUGGACUCGCUCAAAGAGGAGAAGGAGCGUUUGACAAAGGAGAAGAGCGAGCGUAGCUCCAGUCUGAGAGAGAUGAAGCAGCAGUUGAGUACCUUGUAUCAAGAGGUCUUCGGUAUGCUUCGAGACGAGCACGGCAAGCCCUUCUCGCCCAGCGAAUACUCCCUUCAGCACACUGCGGAUGGCACCGUUUUCCUUGUUCCUCGCCUUAAAAAGACUCUCGUAAAGAACAACUAGCUCUGUUCCUUCUACUCUGUCCUUCCACACUUGCUUCUGUUUUUUGGUACUGCUUUUCUCUUGCUAACACUGUGUCCUAACCAGGCAUGACACAAUAAAGCGACAAAGGCUCUUCCCACGUCAGUGUGUUUGUCCUGACCAGCCACAGAAUAAUGUGGUGGGAAGCCCCGCCCACAAUGAAAUCUCAUCGGUCCAAAAUCUGGCUGCACGUUAUUGUACAUUAAGCAUCAUCAAAUAUGUUCCUAUUUGGCAGUUUAGUCGCAUGUAUUGUUGAGAAUAUCGCUAAAUCCAUCGCGACUGGUUAGGACACGGUGUACGUUUUACGCAAAGGAAACAACUAAAUAGGAGCGUAUUUUUGCUUAUACAUCAACUGUUGAAAUGGCAGAACUAUUAUAUACGUUUUGCGUAUUCUACUUUCCUAAUAUUCUUAACCUCCGUUGGAUUUUGUACUCCUUUAUAUUUUCUCUGAGAUUCUUUUACCUAUAUGGUUUGUAAAUACAUUUAUACUUUAUUUGCUAUUGAGAUAGGAACAAAUGUACUGUAUAUAUAGAAAUAGAUCACAUUUUAGUAUGCUAAAAAUGGUUGUGAUCAUUUCAAGUCUGCACUUAUGUCAGUUUUUAUAUCUUAAUUUACUAUUCUAUUGCUAUUUUAUCUCUUGACUUUAAGGCUUUAUAUAAUAAAUACAUAUUUAAACCAGCAAA